CAUUUGCAAUUUUGCAUACCGAAUCCGUCGGAAAGAUUCUGGGUUAUUCAGAUAGCUAAAACAUGGAAGCCGCCGCCAAAGUAAACCUGAAACUUCUGAUAAACAAGAAUCUGAGCAAUAACUACAUUCAGCCAGACCAACACAAAGCCUUUCUGCUGAAGCCUAAAGUAGCUGUUCCUGGCCCCAAAGUCCCUCUCCUCUUGCCGGGCGUCAAGGCAUUUACUUAUAGAGAGACUGGUCUUUACUGCUCCGGGUGCUUAGGAUAUACUCGCGCCACGGCAUAUGUGUAUGAAGAGGCCGGAAGUUGUGAACCGUGUUUGGCUCACGGCAAGAUUGAAUAUUUAAAUGAGGAGGGUUACGUGAAAGGGACAGUUACAUACAUGGUGAUGGAUGAUUUGGAGGUGAAGCCCAUGUUCACCACCUCUUUUAUCUCUCUUCUUAAUGAUUUAAAUGCCAAGGAAGUUGGGUCUAUUGAGGAGAAAGUGGUUGAGUUUGGCAUGGAUGAGGGUGUGAAAUUGCUCGCGGCUUCUUUGAAAUCCAAGAGUGUUCUGACUGAUGUUUUCAUGUCGAGGCCAUCUGAAAUAAUUGAAAAUAAUGAGCUUGAGACACGAAUGGGUCGGGUCCGUUUAGUUUCGCCAGUCGCCGGCACAGCCAUCAUACCGCGUCUAAGACGACCAAAAGAAACUUGAUCGGGCCAGUCGGGCCGGGGCGGCUUACCUGAGGGGCUUCAAAGGGAAAGAUGAAGGCAGUGUUCCAUCUUUAUAUAUGCUGAUCUCUGAAUUCUAGCUGCAAUAAACUGUCUGUGAAUCAGUGUGAUUGUUCAUCCAAAAA